AGGAGGGAGCGAGAGAAGAAGAGGAGGCAGGGACACGGUAACCUGCAGGAGGACUCACAUGGUCCUGCAGCAGCGGAGCACAGACCACCGGGACUCUCCAAACCUCUCACAAUCAGCUCGGCUCCAUUCUUCUUCUUCUUUUUUCUUUUUUUUCUAAAUUCUCCGUUUUUUAUUUCUUUUCUCUCUCUCCCACCCCCCCGACCCCCCUCUCCUUUCCUCACAUCCCUCCUCCCGCAGCCUAGUGUCGGUCGGACUCGGGCCGGUAAAGCAGCGCCAUGGCUCGGGAGAACGGAGACACCGGCAGAGGAGAGACGUGGAAAAAACAAGUCGACGACAUCAAGAAGAUUUUUGAUUUUAAAGAAGUCCUCGGCACAGGAGCCUUUUCCGAGGUGGUCCUGGCCCAGGAGAGGCUGACCGGCCGGAUGUUUGCGGUGAAGUGCAUCCCAAAAAAGGCUCUGAAGGGGAAGGAGAGCAGCAUCGAGAACGAGAUCGCCGUGCUGAGGAAGAUCAAGCAUGAGAACAUUGUGGCGUUGGAGGACAUCUACGAGAGUCCUGACCACCUCUACCUGAUUAUGCAGCUGGUGUCUGGCGGAGAGCUGUUUGACCGAAUCGUGGAAAAAGGUUUCUACACGGAGAAGGAUGCGAGUACGCUUAUCCGUCAAGUCCUGGAUGCUGUGAACUACCUGCACAAGAUGGGCAUCGUACACAGAGACCUAAAGCCAGAGAACCUGCUGUAUUUUAAUCCCCAAGACGAGUCGAAGAUCAUGAUCAGCGACUUUGGUCUUUCCAAGAUGGAGGGCAGUGGUGACGUCAUGUCCACCGCCUGCGGCACGCCGGGAUAUGUGGCUCCAGAGGUUCUUGCCCAGAAGCCGUACAGUAAGGCAGUGGACUGCUGGUCCAUUGGAGUGAUCGCCUACAUCCUGCUGUGUGGUUACCCUCCGUUCUACGACGAAAACGACUCCAAGCUGUUCGAACAGAUCCUGAAAGCCGACUACGAGUUUGACGCACCAUACUGGGACGACAUAUCCGACUCAGCCAAGGAUUUCAUCGGCAAUCUGAUGGAAAAAGAUCCAGCCAAGCGUUUUACCUGUGACCAGGCACUCAGACACCCCUGGAUCGCCGGUGAUACAGCACUCUGCAAGAACAUCCAUGAGUCAGUCAGCCGACAGAUCAGAAAGAACUUCGCUAAGAGCAAAUGGAGGCAAGCGUUCAAUGCCACCGCCGUGGUUCGGCACAUGAGGCGGCUGCAGCUUGGCAGCAGCAUGGGGAGCAGCAUGGACGCUUCCAAUCCGCUGACCAGGCCUAGCCAGACGCAGAAGCCGGGCCAGGCGGGCCAGAACCAGCCAGUUCAGAGCCAAAACACUGGCCAGGCGGCGCAGAGCCAGAGCACCAACGCGGCCGCCAGCAAAACCUCUUCCAUAGACAACAACGUAGCGGCUCCUCGCAAGGAAUGUGUAACUGCGCCGGUCACACCCUGCAGUCUGGCGUCUGCCGCUUCUUCCCCCGCCACAGGGGCAGAGCUGAACCGGCCACAUCCCUCAGCCGUUCCAGCCCCGGUGCUCACGGAGACCAAGUGACGCCAGGUCCCGCGGGGAACCAGCUGGGAGGCCACAGCGCUGUGAGGCAGAGAGACGGAAAGAGAAGACGACAGGAGAGGAAGAGUAUCCCCCCUCCCCCCCCCCGCCCUCUUCUUCUUCCCUCCCUCUCCUCACUCGAUUCCACUUGGAAGCGCCGCCCAGACAGUUCCCCGCCCUGCUCCCAGGGGAGCAGAGGACUUUACCUCCACCCCACCGAUACAAGCCACACAGCGCCAUACUGUAUGCCCACCACCUACCCACCAGGACGCCGUGUAGGAUUCGUCCUGCCACAGCAACAGCACGGCCUCUGACUCUCAUUGAGGAUGUUUGUAUGGCCGGCUGCGAUUGGUUGCUGUUUAAUGAUAAGUGGGUGUCGACUGUUGCAAGCUUGAACAUUGAUUGGUGGUUCACAGUGUGGCCGGUGGUAUCGUAUUAUUCAAUGUCAGUCAACAUCAACUUCCCUCUUGAAUCUGGUCUUUCCUGCGCCACUCUAUUUCGCUUUUUUCCAAAUUAGGUUUGACUGUUGGCAACUGGAUUGUUUUAUUUUUUAUUAUUACUGUUCAUUUUAAAGGUGGUAUGUGUAACUUUUAAAAAGCUAACUGUCAAAUUGAUAGUGCUACUUUGGUAUAAUUACUGUAAAUAAAUAAGACCACAGCCAAGAUGACUGGUCACCUCUACCUCACACUAAUUAACAGCUAAUAAUUGUGCAAGCGUUGGCUCCACAUUUGAAACCCCAUUGCAGAUAACCUCUUUGUUUACUCUUGGUUCCACCAUGACCACAGUCUCUGAAUGCUUUGGCUCUGUUUGCUCUGGAAGAACAGCACCCUCUUCCUGUUACGUGCCAUAAAGCAAUCCAGCAGAUUUCCCUCCAAAUCUGACCUGGUGCGUUAAAGCAGAGUAGAGGCUGAUAGGUCUUCUUACAAUGACCUGAUUUGUUUACACUAAUUUUACUAAUGUAGCAAACUAAUAUGACAGUGAUUUAUUCUUGUUAAAACUGUACGUAUAGCACCUUUAAGAAAUGUUACAUGUCCUUAUGGGCUUGUUUGUUUGUUUGUGCUUUAAGAAGUGCUUUAAAAGUACCAUACGACUGUUGAGAUAUGAAAACAUGAGUAAGCGCUUUAUGUAUUUUGCACAGAGAGGGUCAGAUAUGUUGUCAGACACAUAUUAGCCGCCAUCCACUUACGUUUAUCAGAAAGUAGAGAUUGUGAUUCUUUAUAGAAAAAAAUAACCCAGAGUGGAUGUCAGAGUAUUGUACAACUUGUUUAUUGUCUGAAAGAUUCUGAUUGGUUUAUUAUUUUCUUACUUUAUAAGACUUUUAUAACAAUCACCCUUUAAGGGACACACAUACAGGUUACUAUGAAACAUGCAGCAGGUUUAGGAUAGGAUACGAUAGGAUAGGUAGCGGUAUUUACUGGAAAACUGCCUCCAGUUCAGAAUAUUAGAGAUUUCAUGAUAGCUUCCCCAUUGAUUUCCCAAACUAAGCAGCCACAAGCAGUGCAGUGCCGUUUCAAGGUUACAAACCAUCUCUGAGAUAUUUAACUGCCUCCCACAUGGAUCCUCAGAGUAUUCGGCCUGUCUGGAGGCAAAAUCCAAGACAGCAGAAGCUUCUGCCUGCCGCUGUUCUUCCCCCUCUAAAGAAGCCAUGAUCUCACCUUCUUGCAUCGUCAAGCUGCGCCCAGUUCAGAAGUGCUCAGGGAAAACUACAGCUGCACUGUGAGCUGGCAAAUACCGAUUUCCUGAUUGAGGUUUUUCUGUCAGUGUUUUUGGUCCAGGUGUAGAGGCAUAACAGUUAAUGAUCCAGGGCUUAAGAUGUUAGUGGUGUCCUUAGUGCAGUGUUGUACAGACUUGUGACUUGGAUACUGAAGACUCAGACUUAGGUUCAGACUAUUCCACCAAGGACUCCAAGAUGUAUUGGACUUGAUCUUCUUACACAGCAUGCACAACUCUGUUUUGGCUAUUAUGUUUUGUUGAUGCAAUCCCCAAGCCUGGAACAGUGGUUAUUGAUGGAACUGCCCAAAUGACAUGGAGGAUAGAUUAGCUUUGCUGAAUCCAGACAUCCCAGCCUUUAUGACCCAACAGCAGACAGUGACCAUAAUGUGUAGCUUUCUUCUCUCAAUUAGUGAAAUAGUCCAUCAAGUGUUAAUUUGAACAUGAGUAGCAAAGCCAAAUUAUAUUUUUUUACAACCCUACUUCCACUUGUACUGAGGGUUUGGUUUUAACCAAGUGUGAACCUAUUACCUAUACUGGUUUGUGGAGUACCGUUUUGAAGCAGUUUGUCUGAGCCAGCGGAGGUGACGUACUGCUAGUUGAGCUGCUCUCAUUGGCUGCACAGUUUUGACUCGUCCGUAGCAGGAAACGAUGGCGGCUCGCCUGGUCACACACAAUCUCGUUUCUGCAGUAACAGAAUCUUGCUUCGUGUUUGAUCAGCACUGCCUAGAUUGACAGUUACACCGAGACUUACUGAGAAUGAUUUGUCAGUCACAAGGUAGCCAUGCCCAAAAGCAUACGUGGCUUUAUCGUCUAUUUUACUCAAAAAUGGACCAUCAUUUACUAAAUGAACAUCAUGCUGUAUGGAAGAAAACUUGAAACUAGAGAUUGAGACCAUUAACUCAUUAGGAAACUGUUUACUGAGCUAAUAAAUCAAGUCAGAAGUCAGAUCAUUUCUCCAUAAGACUGCAUGGUAUUAUAAUUUAUUGCAGCCAAUGGAGCUCCCCCUGCUGGCCAUUACAUAUAAUGCAGGUUUAAGACAAUUCCCCGCUGACUUCACUUGGACAGACCCAGAAGCUCUGUCCAUUAUAUAUACUGUCAGUGUAUCGGUGAUCCGAUGGCCAGCGCACCAAUGGCUACAAGGGGACGCCAAUACUGUCUGUCUGCAUCCAUUUGAAUGACAGACUUCUGAUGCUUUUUCUCUCUAAACGCAACUCAGAAGUUGCACCCGAUCACCUGGUUGGUUGACAUUACUGGCCAACUUGUAGAAAAUGUAUCUGACAACACAGAACUUCAGUGAUGUCACCGUCCGAGUGGGACAACAGAUCAGUUUUGGACAAUUUCGAGGCGUCAUUUAAAAGAAGAUGGCAUGACUGUCCACAGCUUGGAGUUCCUUUUUUAUUCUGAGUUUAUACGACAACCUGACUUUGGUUUAAUUUGUUCUUAAUGGAACUCAGACUUUACUUAAAUGUCACCUUCUCUUGACUCUGACAUGACUACAGUAGCUUAGAUGGUGUCGCUGGUUGUAAUGGCCUUUUAGACAUAACUCAGUUAGCGGAACUGUACUAUGUUGGGCGCUCACUCACACAUAUCAGAUUGCCAUGUGUUUAUCAGAUGCAAUUCUACUGUUCCCUUUAUUGUGAAUCGUAGCCAAAGACUAGUGCUAAGUACGAAGACAAUUUGGUUCAUUCCUACUUGAUGAAUUGGAACUAGUCAGAUAUGAAGCUGUUUGAGACACAAGUGAACUAAAACUAAGGGCUGAACUCCAGCUGCAAAUUAAUCUGGAGAGAAAUUUAUUGACCUUUGAUCUCUUCCUAAUCUGUUGCCAUUUACCUUUUUUUUAAUUAUCUACACAGAGUGGUGCUGAAAAGUAUCUGCAAAUUAUUCACAGUACGUGUUUUAAUCUGUACAGCAUGUCAGAAGAGUGUGAGACUACAGCUGGAUGAAAGUCAAAGUAGGGUAAAAAGAAACGCAGUAAAUCAACUCUCACCCAAGCUUUCUGGAAUUCACUUUUGGCUUGCUGCGUCGUUGGGUACAUUGAGCUGCACCUAUUUGGCACUGAAGUUGACUAAAACAAACCAUGACAAGACAUUCGUGAAUGAUAUAUUCUCUGUUCUUCAACAGCAGCACCUCCUUCCUUCAGUAAGCUCUGAUAGGACAAUUCCAGUGUGUUUGGAUUUCCCACUGUUCCCUAACCAAUAAUGUGCUAACCGCCCUCUUAAUACUACCCUACCCCAUCUUUAGCUCUCAGCCCCAGCCCAUUGGCCCCUGCUAAAGAUGUAAAUCUUUAAAACUGAGUCACAAAGAUAUCUUUUUUUUUUUUAAAGGCUCAGUAAUUUCCUAAAACAGCUGGGCACUGUAGUUUUUAGCAAACGUUACUCUAACAGGAGUAAAAGUGGAUUCUUCGGGGGCUAUUUUCAUGCAUAUUGGUUGCACUAAUGAGUGUUUUCAGUAGCAUGACAGAAUAUGUGGUGACUCAAAAUAAACUACAGUGCCUGUGUUCAUGGAAAUGAAGUAAGAUGGUAACCAGUGCAACAGUGUGGCUUAUUGUUUUAAUCAUUCAUGGACAACAGUGAAGCUCUAUGGCACAGAGGAGGAAGAUAUGUCCAGCAGUAGUUGCUGGUAACAUCUUGGCCACAGACAGAGGCAGAAAGACAGCUAUUGGUUGGAAGUUUUACUUUAAAACUUCAGUUUUUGCUUUGUUAGCAAGCAGAAAUACCUAUUUACUGUCCUUGAAUGUACACAUCAAUAUGACAUGUAAAUCUACAACUUGGUAUUCUGGCUGUAAACUGUCAUUCAGAGUGAUUGAUUGAUUCCCCUCCCCCAGAAAAAAAACCCUCUAAUCACGCUGGAAUUGUCCAGAAAGGAACACCUUGUUCCACUGAACUCAUAUAUAUGGGCUCCAACACACAGGCCAGAUUUACUGCACUGUUGGUCAAAUACUUAAACAUAAAUUGUCAAACGGUUGUUGAUCUGAAAACAUUGCAGCUACUUUACGCAUGUUGCCCUAGCAACUAAUCCACUCAUAGAGUUUUAGUUCAAUAAUUUUGGUAGAAUUAGGUGUGUAAGAAAAAGCCAGUUGGCUUGAUUUAUGUUGUUAUUAUAAAUGUGCAGUCAUAGAGAAAGCUAACUUUUAUAGUGUUUCUUACUGAUUUACAACACCCCAUGUGUCUCCUACUGCAUGACUACACAGUUCACCUUUCACAAGUAUAUAUUAAUUCUGACUUUUUUACAGCAGGGUUUUGUGUGUUACAUCUCUACUAACCAAACUAUAAAGUCAAUCCAUGUAUUUAUCCAUAUGUUACUGAGGGGAACUUUUAACCAUGCAAGGGCUUUAUUCCAAUGAUCACCUUAAUCUUAUUAUUCACUGUAACCAUGUAUACAUACCCAUUGAUUGCUAUGCAUUUUUUAAACAUUUUUAAGUGUGUCGUCUAUGCUUUUUCUUGGAAGGAAACAAAGGAAACAACAUCAGCACCUAUAGUUUAAAAAAAAAAAAAAAGAUUUAGCUCUGGGGAAUAAAUAAGUGGAAGACACUGAAUCCCUGUCACUUAACUAUUAACUGUUAUUAUUAUUAUUAUUGAAUGAGCUACAUUGUAAAAGUGUAAAUGUACCGGGUUUUUCUCUGGUUAAUGAAUCAGCAGCCAACACUAUAUGUUUCAUUAAAUGUGAUGUCGUCCACUUGAGUCUGGACGUUUGGGUUUACGAAUGUAUUGUGAGGCAGGCAGAGGGUUCGGGGUUCAUGCUGCUCAGUGGUUUUAUGUCUGUUGUUUAAAAAAAAAAAAAAAGUUUUCUGAAUGCCUCUUUCCAUGUUAAAGAUGCUACUGUAAAUAGAUUGUGAAUAUGAAUGAUCAUUUUCAAGAUAAUAUCUACAAAUGUUUUGCUGUUCAGGCAUGUGAGAGUGAGUGAGUGAGCGAGUGAGUGUGUGUCGAGGGAAGUUGAUUGUAUUCUCUAUGGAAUGUUUAAUGUAAAAGAAAAAAAAAGCUAAAAUCCCCUUUACUCCCUCCUGCUUUCAUAUACAGUCGGGCACUGUGUGAUUGAGCUACACAGCGCGGGUUAAUGCCAUCCAGUGUUCCACCACCACUUCAGUGUCAGUCCAAACUAAAAGUGAAAGCAUCGUUUACUGAACUCAGGCUUACGUUUUUGCCAUUCUAAAGGAAGAAAUCCAAAGCUGUGACCGACUCAGAAACACACUGUUAAGAACGAGGGGCCGGCUGCGACCCACUCUCGUCCGCCCUUUGCCCUUCGAGCUCACACUCCUCUGACCUUUUUCUUUUUUCUUUUUUUUAACGAAGAAGUGCAUCGGCACAAAAGAUGAAAACACAAGCAUGUCGAAAAAAAGUGCUUCAAGGAUUCAACUUCACCAUGAGUGUUUGCAUAAUCUUAUAUGCCCUUGUAUGAUGUAAGUAUCUCUGUAUUAUGUAAAGACGUACACAGGUUGAGAUGCCUGAGGUUUAUUCGGCAGCAGAUUAGAGUUUCAGUCCUACAAACGCUUUCGAGAGGCAGAAAUAAUCCACCAAACUGGCAUUUAUUAAGAGAACUGGAGACCAUCUUCCAACAUGGUUCCCUUCAAUGAAAGCUGGUCUAAUGCUGCUGAUUCCCUGCAUACAUUGGCCUGAUAAUAAUUUACUGAUAUGGAUGUUAAAGAGUUUUUUUUUUAUUUUUUUUGUACACAAAUCAGCGCAAACUGUGUUGAUACAAAAAGUUAUUUAGGGAUUUUUGUGGCUCUCAGAGUGAAAUUGAAUCAUUGUUUUCUAGAGUUUUGCACCAAUUUAUUAUGGGUUGAUUUUCUUUCAAAGUAAAGUUAUCUGGGGCCUUGGACAAAUGUGGCAAAAACUCUUUAAUUUAUUUGCUUUCUCGUUCAUUGAUGACCUUGACAUUUAUUACAUUAGCUGACCUAGUUAGCAAUAGCCUCAUAUGGCGAGUUAGAAAUUGACUGAAUGAAUAGGCUAAGUAGCUAACUCAGAUAGCUUUUUAUGGAGUAUUAUUUCUUGAAAAGCUACAGGCCAGGCUUGUUGCUAACUCUGCUUCCAUGGAGGUCAAGUCCAUGUAGCUAAUGGCUAUUUUAUUUAUUUAAGCUACUUUAGCAGUUAGCGUGGAUGUCAUACUUAAUUUUACAAGAGAAUAUAUUUACUAUAUCUUCUUCUGACUAUAUCUGAUCAUCUUUAAUGUACUUAUAUGUAAUUAAGUGUUUUUAAAAAUCAACUGUUGCCAAAUGCUUUAGGAGCCACGAUAUUAGCAUUGCUAGAUUUUGGUUAGCACCAAAGCUGCCUUGCUAGCAGCUGUUAGCUUCAGUCUAGCUAACGUUAAAAAAAGCCUCCUUAACCUCUGCCCUUAAGAUGUAACUCAACCAAUGAGAGCAGCUCUGCCUCUCAGAAUGUGUUUGUAGGGCCAAAACUGUACACAAGCUGCUUUUUGGGCCCCGGUGUGUCUCCCUGUGGGCGUCCUCGUCCACAGCCUGCUGAGUUAGCGGGCUGUAUUGUAUUUACUCUCUGCAUGUGACCACAACAAACUCCCAUCCCGUGCACCGUUGUCACACACACCGACGACACACUCAUGUCUCAGAGCGGGCACUGCCUGCCGCACUUGUUGUGCUGUGGUGGUGAUGAUGAUGAUGAUGAUGAUGAUGAUGACGACUUUCUGUUAAUGGGGCUUGUAUAUCAGAUGCCUUCGACAAUCAUGUGCACAUAUCAGAGUUACCAUGACGACACAGGCCAGAGCGACUGAUUGUGUUUCGUUUGUCUUUCUCCUGGAAUAAAUUCCCGAAUGAUCGUAA